AUGGACGACAGGAGGGAAACAGAUGAGUCGCUUGUACGAAAGCAUGCUCCAAUGAGUCCAAGAAAGAGAAUAAGAAUAGACGGGGGGUUGGAAAAAGCAGACACAAAUAACCCAAGAGAAUCUCAUUCAACUCAGGUGAUCGCGGCUCCUUUUGUUAUUGCCAAGGCACAGUCUGUAUCAUAUGAUACUGCGGCUCCAGCAGACGAAAGAUUCAACAUUGAAGAUACGGAGCCAUACUUGCACGAUUCAAAUCCUACAACGCCAUUACAUCCUUUCCUCAAGAUUCCUACAGAUAUUUUACAAGUAAUCAUUAAACUCAUCGAUCCAAAUGAUCUGAUAAAUCUCUCUACUACCAGCAAAGAAUUUCGACAAUUCCUUCUACCAUACAUUUUCAACCGUAUCCGUAUUGAAUGGCUGCAAAUAGAUGAUGAUUUUAAGUACUGCUAUCUUGUUAAGCAGCUAAGAAUUGUUGAUUGCAAUUCCUAUGGGGAAUGGCAUGUGGACGUAUUUGACAAACUAGACAGAUUUAGUCAACUUCAGCAUUUUCUCAUAAACUCUUCAAAUUCAUCAAACUGGCUAAAGUACAGAAGUAAUCAAUGCAUGAAGGCAUUGACCCUCUAUUAUGACAAAACACAAACUCUGAUUGUUAGAGGGGGUAGCGUGGUCAGAAAUAAUGGUGCCGGCGCCGUUGUAAAUUCUCACACCUAUGCCAUUCCUGGAGAUUCUGUUCAUGUUGGGGGGCACUUGACUGGAAACACUUCUGGAAGCCCCAGAAUCUUCAGUCUAGGACAUGUACAUCAAUUUCUGGUCACCAGUUUGACCUUAUACAAUUAUCAUUUUAAUUGGGAACCUCAAGAUCCUAUCACGAGCAAUGUUGUAAAUUUGACUAUUCAUGACUGCACAUGGGAGUACCCAUUUACCAUAUCUCAGUUCAAUCUGGGUCAGCAUCUCAAGACUUUGGACCUAUGCUAUAGCACUAAUAACUCGUUUAUUUUGUCGGAAAGAUUCAACAAAUUUUUGUUGAAUGAUGAUGAAAGUACACUUGGAAAUUUUGACAGUCUCGACUCUUUGUCAAUUGUAUUUCUCACUCGAAAAAAUUCGUGGGAUAAGGUUCUAUCUUUGAAGCAGCUACUGGUGUUCCUUUCUAAAUACCCCAGCUUGACGAGUCUCAAGUUGCGUGGGUGGAGUGUGAACACAUUGUCCCUAAUGCUUAUUUUCCGGAAUUUCAAGGAGCAUAAGCUCAAGAUGCUUGAUUUGGAAUUGCUCGUUCCUAAGAAUCACAAUAGAAGAGAGGUAGAGGACACCAAAUUGAUGUUGAAAACUCUAUACCCAUGGACCAAGGUGAAAUUGAAAGCCAUUGAGAGUUAA